UACUUUUAUGCAAUGUUUUGCAGGUUGCACUAGGUCUUUAGAUUCUGUUCAGUCAAUAUGUUUAGUAGAUGGACCAAUUCCCAUCAUAGCCAAGAGAAUGAUUCAUUGCAGCAUGAAUCCAUGGUCAAGGAACUUAGAGCUGCACUUGGACCACUAGCUGAUCGCAGUUUGAAAUAUUGCACCGAUGCCUGCUUGAGUAGAUACUUGGAGGAACGGAAUUGGAACAUUGACAAGUCGAAGAAAAUGCUGGAAGAGACUCUCAAAUGGAGAUCGACCUAUAAGCCUGAGGAAAUACGUUGGGAUGAAGUUGCAGUAGAAGGUGAGACCGGAAAAGUAUAUCGAGCAAAUUUUCACGACCGAAGUGGUAGGACUGUUCUUAUAUUGCGCCCAGGAAAGCAGAACACUAGAUCCUUGGCCAAUCAGCUGCGCCAUUUGGUGUACAUGGUAGAGAAUGCUAUCCUAAACCUUCCACAGGGUCAACAACAGAUGGUAUGGUUAAUAGACUUCACCGGCUGGAGCUUGAGCACGAGUGUUCCGAUCAAGUCCGCUCGUGACACCAUUAAUGUUUUACAGAACCACUACCCGGAGAGGCUGGCCAUGGCAUUUCUCUACAGCCCCCCUAGAAUUUUCGAAGCAUUCUGGAAGAUUGUAAAGUAUUUUCUAGAUGCCAAAACCUUCCAAAAGGUGAAGUUUUUGUAUCCUAAGAAUAAAGACAGUGUGGAGCUCAAGAGAUCAUAUUUUGACGAAGAAAAUCUACCAACAGAGUUUGGAGGAAAGCGCAUAUUGGAGUACAACCAUGAAGAAUUCUCCAAGCAAAUGCUCCAGGAUGAUACCAAAUCUGCCACUUUGUGGGGAUUUGAUGAUCAACGCCAAUCUAUUGGCAACCAGCAAUACAGACCCGAGCCUAUCUGCCUUGCACCAGCGGCCGGUUGA